GAAUGUCCACCACCUUGGUUACAUUUCGUCGAAUUAUAUUUUAAAGAAUAUAAAGAACAUAUUAAACAUUGGUGUGAACAACAUUCUGAAGAUACUCUUCAAGAUCAUUUUAAGAUGUUAGAAUCAUUAAAAAUGGUUGAAAACAAAUCAAUUGAUAGAAUUGAAAAAUAUGGAUGUUUAAAAGGGGUUUGUUAUGAUGAUUUGAUUGAAAAAGGAACAUCAGUAAAGAAAAGAGAUGAUGUAUUAAAUGUAUUAAGAAAAUUUAUUUCUAAAAAACAACAGAAUUGUGAAAAUUUUCUUUUAAAAGAACCUCAUUCAACUUUUAAUGAUGAUGUGAAAUCCCAUAUUGAAAGAAAUUUGUAUAUUAUUUCAACGAAUUGGUCAAAAGAUUUAAUAUUAGGGAGUUUAUUUGAAUUAGCAUCUGAAAAUAAAUUUAAUAAGAAUAACAUUUUUUCUAAUGAUUUAAUUUAUGACAAUAAUUGUUCUGUUGGAAAAUUAGAUCGUAAAGUUUUAUGUGCGCUUGAUAAACUUGAAAUAUUUGAUCAAUUAAAUACUUCAAAAAGUAAUUUGUCCGUUUAUAUUGGUGAUUCAAAUACUGAUUUACCAUGUUUACUACAAGCUAAUAUUGGGAUUAUAAUGGGGAAUAAUAGAACUCUUACGAAAUAUUGUGAUAAAUAUAAAAUUGAAAUCGUGGAAGGAUUAACAGAUUUUAGACGUUAUAAUAUUGAUGAUAUGUGUAACGAAAGUGAUCAAAAAAAUGGAAAGUUAUAUAGAAUACAAAAUUGGAAGGAAAUUUCUGAUAGUGGUUUACUAGAUUGAAAAUAGCUUUUGUAAUU